AUGUCUGCCCCUUCCGUUCACGCGGACGCACCGCCCGCGCUGGUGAGCGAUCCAGAAGGUCUGCAGUAUGAAACUGGCCCUUUGCUGGGAAAAGGUGGCUUUGCUAUAUGCCAUCCCGCGAAGCUGCUCAACCAUGAGCAUCUGGGCAACACUACUGUCGCUUUGAAGAUUGUUAAGUCGAAGAUGGAGCCUCCUAAACUGGCGCAAAAGUUUGUGACAGAACUCCAAAUACACUCCAAGCUAGCACAUCCGAACAUCGUUGAGUUUUAUCGGGCCUUCUCCUUCCAGAAGAGCACAUACGUCGUGCUCGAACUGUGCGAGAAUGGAUCCCUCGCCGACGCAAUCAAGAAGCGGAAGUACUUUACCAUGCCCGAGAUCAGACGCUUCAUGAUACAAACAUGCGGCGCCAUCAAAUACCUGCACCAACGGAACAUCGUUCACCGAGAUCUCAAGACGGGCAACCUCUUCCUCGACGGAGAUAUGAACGUCAAGGUUGGCGACUUCGGGCUUGCAGCACUCCUCGUGUCACAGAGCGACUACGGUGCCAUCCGGCGAACGACCAUGUGCGGGACACCCAACUAUCUCGCACCUGAGGUGUUAGAAAAGACUGGAAAGGGCCACGAUGAGAAGGUGGACCUCUGGGCGAUAGGUAUCAUGAUGUACACAUUGGCCGUCGGUAGAGCACCUUUCCACUCCACGAAACGAGAGGACAUCUAUCGCAAGCUUAAGGCGCGGGAAUAUUCAUGGCCAGACCUAGCGAAAUGCCCAAACGAAAUCACAGACGAUCUUCGCGAUAUCGUUUCUUUAUUGCUUGUUCACGAAGACGAACGACCCACGCCCGAUGAGAUCGUCGCCCACCCGUUCUUUACUCUAGGCCAUAUACCAUUAACACUGGACAGCGCAUGCACGUCUCGCGUCCCGAAGUGGUCAAAGGUACGACCGCCGACCGCCGCGACAAUCAAGCGCGGAUAUACAGACGAGUGGUGGACCUUGUGCAAGUCCUCUGCUGUGGGCAAGUAUGGUCCUGAUGCCGGCCAAACUUUUGGAGCAUACGGGGCUCGGAGGAACAAGACGGUGGCACGAGACUGCCAGAAGGAGAUUGAAUCUGGAAAACAGCCAAGUAUACCUUUCGCAAAGGAGACGGUGUACUUGCCAUUUCCUGCCCGUGUGCAAUGGCCUUUCCAGAGCGCGGGUGGGCUAAGUGAGAUAACGGAGGAGAAGGACUCAUCUUCGGAGGGCCAAGCGUUGGUAGAGACCACGGGCAACGACCGGAUGAAAGGACGGCCAGUGCGCGCCGCUAGAAGGGCAGAGGUUAUGCCAACCUUGCAGGAAAACAAUGAUCCCGCCCAAGAAGCGAAGCCAGUACCGCGAAUGGUGGAGAAGCAGCCGACACGCCUAAGGAGCGUUCGCAAGAUAUCGAAUCCAAGGGUGACAGGAGCUGCCGCACCUGCCCCAGUGCCUUUGAAAGUCUCUAAAGAAACUCGCUCAUCUCAGCGAACGAAGACAGCCAGAGACACGUCGAAAGAGGAAGAGCCACUGCAAGAACUGCCUUCGCUUCGAGUAUCAAAGAUCAGCUCUAGGAUAGAACAGAAGCAGGAGCCAACAGCACCUAAACCGGUGGCAUCACAGUCAACCAGGACACGAACAGCACCGCGGCUUCGUGCGUUGAGCACAGAAGUGCCCGCAACUGACCCUACAGCGGUAUUAGCGCAGUUAUACACCUUCCGAGACAACCUGGCACGAGCACUAGAGAGAAAGCCUACUUAUUCCAAGCGCGACAAACAAAAGAAACUACCAUUCGUGUCCAAAUGGGUGGAUUACUCGCGAAAGUACGGUGUUGGCUACGUUCUCGAUGGUGGGAGUGUCGGUGUCUUGACAGCCGCGAAUAAAGAUUACCCCGUGACUGUGGGCUUUACGACAAACGGACUGCACCAUCUCAAGCAGCUCUCCAAGGACCCCGACUAUUUGAAGGCCAUCCCCAUCCAGUUCUGGGCUGCCCCAAAGAAGGACCAAGGCAUUUGUCGCGUCCAAAUUUCCGAGCAUCGUCGCGCUGACGACAUCCGAUUGUACUGGCAAAAGUUUUGCAAAUACAUGUGUUCAGAAUUAGGCGAUGAGAAUUGGCCCAAAAAUGAUGGCGAGCGGCCUAAUUUUGUCAAGUUCUACCAGCGGCUUGGAAACUUCGGUAUCUGGGGCUUCGACGAUGGUUCUUUCCAGUUCAACUUCCCCGACCACACGAAGCUGGUGCUAUCGCCGGAUGCGACCUACGGCAAGCUCGUAUGCCUCUCAAUGGAGGGAGCAGCAGUCCUGCAGGACACCAACAAGGUUCCGUGGGACUUUGUGAAGAGCCGCGAAACGCUCCACGGUUCCCUCCAACAGCUACUGUACGGUUCAGUACGGCAGGACGACAGCUACAAGGAGCUCACAGAAGCCAACGGUCUGCGAGAAAAGCUGGAAUUUAUUCAAACCAUUGUACAGGACUGGAUUUCUGGCGGAGGUCUGGGAUGCCUCGGAAAACUCCAGGACUACGAAUGGAGGGGGGUGCAGCCAGCGACAGAUCGUAAGAGGCACGACUGGGCCAGUAAGGGCGGUUUCGCGAAGAAGGCCGUCUUCGAAUCCACCAAGAAAAAGGAGGUCGGCGUAUCAGAUCUCACGCUGCUCAGCAAGAUCUCAAACGAAGCCAUCAACGACAACCUGAAGAAGCGAUUCGAGAACAGGGAAAUCUACACAUACAUUGGACAUGUGCUGGUGUCAGUCAAUCCGUUCCGGGACCUGGGUAUAUACACGGACCAGGUCCUGGAUAGCUACAAGGGCAAGAACAGACUGGAGGUUCCUCCGCACGUCUUCGCAAUCGCCGAAUCUUCCUACUACAACAUGAAAGCGUACAAGGAGAACCAGUGCGUGAUCAUCUCGGGCGAGUCCGGUGCGGGCAAGACCGAAGCUGCAAAGCGAAUAAUGCAAUACAUUGCCAAUGUUUCGGGCGGCAGCAAUAGCGGCAUUCAGGAGAUCAAGGAGACGGUGCUGGCCACGAACCCUCUGCUCGAAUCAUUCGGAAACGCAAAGACGCUGAGGAAUAACAAUUCGUCGCGAUUCGGAAAGUACCUUGAGAUUCAGUUCAAUGCGCAGGGCGAGCCAGUGGGCGCGAACAUCAACAACUAUCUCUUGGAGAAGUCAAGAGUAGUAGGGCAGAUCACGAACGAGCGCAACUUCCACAUUUUCUAUCAGUUCGCAAAGGCGGCAUCAUCGAACCACAGAGAAAUCUUUGGUAUCCAGCAGCCACAGCAGUACGUCUACACAAGCCGCUCGAAAUGCUACGACGUUCAAGGCAUCGAUGACCACGCCGAGUUCAAAGAUACCAUGAAUGCUAUGAAGACUAUUGGACUGUCGCAGGACGAGCAAGACAGCAUAUUCAGAAUGCUUUCGGCUAUAUUAUGGCUAGGAAACGUAACGUUCCGGGAAGACGACAAAGGCGACACAGUAAUCGCGGACCAGUCUGUCGUGGACUUCGUCGCGUACCUGCUGGAGGUAGAAUCUGCGCACGUGAACAAAGCGCUCACCACCCGCGUGAUGGAGACUAGUCGAGGUGGACGCCGAGGUUCAGUGUACGACGUCCCGCUGAACCCUACACAAGCAGCAUCUGUACGAGAUGCGCUAGCAAAGGCCAUAUACUUCAAUCUGUUCGAUUGGAUCGUCGCACGCAUUAACAUAUCGCUACAAGCCCGGGACGCAGUUGCCUACUCGAUUGGUAUUCUAGACAUCUACGGAUUCGAGAUCUUCGAGCGCAACAGUUUCGAACAGCUCUGCAUCAACUAUGUCAACGAAAAGCUCCAGCAGAUUUUCAUCCAGCUAACCCUUAAGGCGGAGCAAGAAGAGUACGAGCGAGAACAGAUCAAAUGGACCCCGAUCAAAUACUUUGAUAAUAAGGUUGUGUGCCAAUUGAUCGAAGAAAGGCGACCUCCGGGCGUCUUCGCUAACCUGAACGACGCCUGUGCAACGGCGAGCGCAGAUCCCGCCGCUGCUGAUCAGACUUUUGCGCAACGAUUAAAUUCUCUAUCUUCCAACCCGAACUUCCAGCCACGGCAGGGCCAGUUCGUCAUCAAGCACUACGCUGGUGACGUGUCGUACGCCAUCGAUGGCAUGACCGACAAGAACAAAGAUCAACUACUCAAGGACUUGCUGAUUCUCCUCGGCAACAGCUCCAACAACUUCGUACAUACGCUUUUCCCCGAUCAGAUCGAUACUGAUAAUAAGAGACGUCCUCCGACAGCCGGUGAUAAGAUAAAGGUUUCGGCGAACGCCCUUGUUGAAACCCUCAUGAAAGCGCAGCCUUCGUAUAUUCGUACCAUCAAGCCGAACGAAAACAAGUCGCCUACCGAAUUUAACGAGCCAAACGUCCUACAUCAGAUCAAGUAUCUCGGUUUGCAGGAGAACGUCCGCAUUCGACGUGCUGGAUUCGCGUCGCGUCAGACUUUCGACAAGUUUGUCGAGCGAUUCUUCCUUCUGUCACCGAAAACAGGGUAUGCAGGAGAAUACACUUGGAGUGGGUCAUACGAGAGUGGUGCCAAACAGAUUCUGAAAGACACGAACAUUCCCGCCGAGGAGUUCCAGAUGGGUGUAACCAAGGUUUUCAUCAAGACCCCCGAAACACUGUUCGCACUUGAGACGAUGCGAGAUCGUUACUGGCACAACAUGGCUAUACGGAUCCAGCGUGCAUGGCGCAACUAUCUACGCUACCGGACAGAAUGCGCUAUUCGAAUCCAGCGGUUCUGGAGGCGCAUCAACGGUGGCUUCGAAUUCAUUGAGCUCCGCGACCAAGGUCACAAGGUCUUGCAAGGCCGGAAAGAGCGACGAAGGUACAGCUUGGUCGGCUACCGCAGGUUCAUGGGCGACUACCUUGGUAUCGGAAACAAAGGUGGACCGGGUGAAGUGGUCGCAAAUGCGAUCGGCAUCUCUAACCAAGAGGUGCCUUUCUCGUGCCGCGCUGAGCUUCUUGUAUCGAAGCUUGGUCGCUCCAGUAAGCCCGAGGCGCGAACACUCAUCUUGACGAAAUCAAAUGUCUACCUCGUUAAGCAGGUGCUUGUCAACCGACAAGUACAAAUUCAGGCCGAAAGAACGAUACCGGUAGGAGCCAUCAAGUAUAUCAGCUGCACCACUCUGAAGGACGACUGGUUCUCCAUCGGCGUGGGGUCACCCCAAGAGCCUGAUCCUUUGGUGAACUGCAUCUUCAAGACGGAAUUCUUCACUCACCUAACCAACGUAUUGCGCGGGUCGCUGAACAUCAAAAUCGGAGAGACCAUCGAGUUCAACAAGAAGCCUGGGAAGCUAGCUCAGGUGAAAGCAGUCAAGGAUCCUGCUGUACCGAGGGACGACCUGUAUAAGAGUGGUACUAUUCACACAGCCGCUGGAGAGCCACCAAACUCACAAUCGAAACCAACGCCCAAAGGAAAACAGGUCGCAGCGAAACCAAUCACUAAGGGAAAACUGCUACGACCCGGUGGACCCGGUGGCGGACCAUCGAAACUCGCUUCCCGGCCCAAACCUACACCUGCCCCAACACCAGUCGCGGCGCCCGCAGCUGCCCAACCAAGAGCCGUGCCACAACCAGUGGCAGCACUGUCAAAUGGCCACGCACGCAACACAUCUACAUCGUCGAAUCGAGCACCUCCACCGCCGCCCCCACCCCCACCCGUUGCGCCUCCCGCACCCAAAGAGCCCACCUAUAAAGCACUGUAUGAUUUUGCGGGCCAGUCUGCCGGAGAGCUCAGUCUCCAGGAGGGUGAAAUUAUCCUGGUGACCCAAAAAGAGGGUAACGGCUGGUGGCUCGCAAGCAGACUCGACAAGUCCGCCUCCGGCUGGGCACCCUCCGCCUAUCUGCAAGAAUACAUCAGCAAGCCUGCGCCCCCGCCCGCGCCGCCCGCGCCGCCAGCCCGGCCUGCGAACGGCGUCCGCGGAAAGGGCGCACCGCCGGCUCCGCCUGCCAAACGGCCCGUCGCGAAGCGGCCGGUUGCUGGCGGCGAGGCGAGGGAUAGCGGGUACUCUGGUAGCAACUCUGAUGUUGGUGCGAGGGAUAGUGGGGGGAGCAUUGCGGGGGGUUUGGCGGAGGCGCUGAGGCAGAGGCAGGCGGCGAUGCAGGGGAGGAAGGCGGCAGAGGAGGAGGAUUGGUGA